ACAUCACCACCAUCGUUUAAAUAUCUGUAACUCCCCUGUUUCCCUCAACGAAUCAAUCUCAACUCUCUCUCUCUCUCUCUAGAUCUAUCUCACUCUCGAUCGAUCUCUAUAUCUGUGAAAUUGCUGAGAUUUGUGUAAUAUUUACAAGUUUGUGGAAGACUAUAUCAAUGGCGGAAGGUAAAGACGCUCACGUGGUGGAAAUUCCGGUGGUGGAUGAGGAGCAGCGCCACAGAUCGGCUUGUACGGCGGCGAUGCGGAGCCAUCCGCUGGCGGAGAUCUCGCGCAGCCCGGGGCACUUCCUCCUGCUGAAGCUGUGGCAGAGGGAGGAGGAUCUGUUCGGGAGGAGAAUGUCGAAAAAGGAAUCGCGGAUGGACUCGAUCCGGAGCGAGAUCUUCCACCUCUGCACUCAAUUCUUCCUCUUCCACGGCGUGUUCUUCACGAUCCUCUUCGCAUCGUCGCCGCAGGAGAGGUGCCGCGAGUGGUGGUUUCCGUCGCUGCUGUCGGGAUGUGCGUCGGCGGCGAUCGCGUUUAUGGUGCACUGCAAGCUGUGGAGGUUCUGGAAGGUGGAGGGGCAGCUGCAGAGGGAGCGGGCGGAGGCGCGUGCGCUGACGCGGUGCGUGCAGGAGCUGAGGAUGAAGGGCGCGAGCUUCGAUCUGAGCAAGGAGCCGAACAGGGGGAAGCGGUUGAAGAGCUCCAGCGUGGAGAUCAAGUGGGGACCACUCACGUGGUGCUCUCGCUACAGAGUCACGCUGUUCCUCGUCUCCUUCGCUGGAUUGGCGCUGCCUUCCUGCAGAUUCGUGCUCUGCGCCUGAUUGAUUGAUCUCGCUAUGGCACAAAAAGGAAUGAAGCUCUCUAGGUCCGAAUAUUCUGCUCCAUCUCUGAGAUGGAGAAGAAGGAGAGUGUUUCAGUUGGAGAAAAUGGGAAGCAUUGUUGUGAUUUUGGAGCAAGUUAGCAACACUGCUUGUGUUCUGUUUCUUCUAUUUAGGAUAUAAAAUCUCUGAGCCCGCACAGGCUUAACUCAGUUGGUUCCUGGGUGGUAGAUUGUCCCUAAGCAGACAGGAUCGAAUGCUGGCAGCCGCAGUGUGGGAGUUUCACCACUGUGGUGGCUCCUUGUGUGCUGGUUACCAGUGUAAGUUCCUCCCACCUAAUGGGCCGCUGAGGUACCGUGUUUGAACCCCUCCAUAGCGAUGUCGGGCCGGGUUAUGGGGGCGCCUGGGGUGAGCGAAUCACCUUUUGUCCCUAAGGAUAUAAAAUCUCUGUUUUUCAUGUACUAUUCUAUUCUUUGAUUCUUUCCAAUAAUAGAAAAUUGCAUUGAAUUUA